CGGCCGCCGGAGAUGGGAUCAACGGCCUACGUCGAAAUCCCCCUCGCCGACUCCGUUGAUUUUGAACUCGGCCUUGUCCACCGGACUAAGGACCCAUGCUCGGCUGAUUCUCCAGUCGUCGUCGGCGGCGGCGGUGGCGUAGGCGUGGGAAAGCUGCCAAAGCCGGAGCACGCAAAGAGCUUCGCAAGGCUAAUGGUUUCGAGGUCGAGGAGGGAACCGCCCAUGAAGAAGAGCCCAUAUCCAAUUCAGAGACUGCAAUCGAACGCGGAAAUGGGGCUUAAAGGCCUUCGAUUCCUCGACAAGAACAACAGCAAGGAAGGAGAGGGGUGGAAGGCGGUGGAGAAGAGGUUCGAGCAGUUCGCCGUUGCUGGGAUGCUGCACAAGGAGAAUUUCGGCCGAUGCAUUGGAAUGGCAGAUUCCAAAGAAUUUGCUGUGGAGCUAUUUGAAGCACUGGCAAGAAGGCGAAAUUUGGAUCCUGAGAACAGCAUCUCAAAAGAUGAACUUAAGGAGUUCUGGGAGGAGAUGACAGAUCAAAAUUUCGACUCCCGUCUUCGGAUAUUCUUUGAUAUGUGUGACAAGAACGGUGAUGGCAAACUCACAGAGGAUGAAGUGAAAGAGGUGAUUAUUUUAAGUGCAUCAGCAAACAAAUUAGCCAAACUGAAGGGUCAUGCACCGACCUAUGCUGCUCUCAUCAUGGAAGAUCUUGAUCCAGAUCAUCUUGGCUACAUAGAGAUAUGGCAACUGGAGACCUUGCUUCGUGGAAUGGUAAAUUCUGAAGAAAACAAUGAGAAGUUGAUGAAAAGAUCACAGACACUUAUGAAGACGAUGAUACCAAGUCGAUACAGGAACCCUAUCAACCGUUCUGUGAACAAAGCCAUGGACUUCGUUCAUGAAAACUGGAAAAGAAUUUGGGUCCUCAGCCUCUGGCUGCUACUUAACCUAUCACUUUUUUCAUGGAAAUUCUAUCAGUAUAGGAGAAGAGCAGCAUUUGAAGUGAUGGGCUACUGUGUUUGUAUUGCAAAGGGUGCUGCUGAGACACUGAAACUUAAUAUGGCACUCAUUCUCCUUCCUGUCUGCCGCAACACCCUCACAAGGCUUAGAUCAACAGCUCUAAGUUCCAUCUUCCCUUUUGAUGACAACAUCAACUUUCAUAAGAUCAUAGCAAUAGGAAUUACAAUUGGUAGCUUGAUACAUACAAUCUUCCAUGCAACAUGCGAUUUCCCGAGAUUGAUCUCAUGCUCAAAUCAAAAGUUCAUGAGAACUUUAGGGAUUGAUUUUCAUUUCAAACAACCAAGCUAUCCAGAUCUGCUUGCAAGCACACCUGGGUGGACUGGGAUCGUCAUGAUCAUCCUCAUGGGCUUCUGCUUCAUACUAGCAACUCAUUCUUUUAGGAGGAAUGUGGUGAAAUUUCCUUCACCUUUCCAUUACUUAGCUGGUUUUAAUGCUUUUUGGUAUGCUCACCACCUCCUAGCUAUUGUCUAUGUGCUCCUCAUUAUCCAUUCAUUCUUUAUCUUCCUCACCCAUGAAUGGUACAAGAAGACAACAUGGAUGUAUAUUAUGGUCCCUGUGACAUUUUAUACAUGUGAGAGGUUGAUCAGAGCAUUCCGUGAGAAAAAUCAUCGUGUGAAUAUUGUUAAGGCAGCUAUCUAUCCUGGUAAUGUUCUUUCAAUACAGAUGACAAAGCCACCAGGUUUUAGAUAUAAAAGUGGGAUGUACCUUUUUGUCAAAUGUCCCGAUGUCUCACCAUUUGAAUGGCAUCCAUUUUCCAUCACUUCUGCACCUGGUGAUGAUCACUUGAGUGUCCAUAUUAGAACCUUGGGAGACUGGACAACUGAGCUAAGAAAUUUAUUUGGAAAGGUCUGUGAGGUUCAGGUAACUUCAAAGAAGGCAAAUCUAGCCAGAUUAGAAACUACAGUAGUAGCAGAUGUUGAAUUUCAAGAAACAAGAUUUCCAAAGCUUCUAAUUGAUGGACCUUAUGGAGCACCAGCUCAGAGUUACACAAAAUAUGAUAUUCUUCUACUCAUUGGACUUGGAAUUGGCGCAACUCCUUUCAUCAGCAUAUUAAAGGAUCUCUUAAACAAUAUAAAGUCAAAUGAAGAAGCACAAAGCAUACAUUUAUCAGAUCCGAACAGCCUGAAAAGUAAAGGCCCAGAAAGAGCUUACUUUUACUGGGUGACAAGAGAACAAGGAUCAUUCGAAUGGUUCAAAGGUGUUAUGAAUGAUGUUGCAGAGAGUGAUCAUAAUAAUGUCAUAGAAAUGCAUAAUUACCUGACGAGUGUAUAUGAAGAAGGCGACGCUAGAUCAGCUCUUAUAGCUAUGGUUCAGUCGCUGCAACAUGCCAAGAAUGGAGUAGACAUCGUCUCCGGAAGUCGGAUUCGAACUCAUUUUGCAAGGCCAAACUGGAGAAAAGUGUUCAGUGAAUUAGCAAGUACCCACAAAUCCUCUCGUAUUGGUGUUUUUUACUGCGGCUCAUCUACACUGACAAAACAACUGAAGGAACUUUCACAUGAAUUCAGUCAUACUACAACAACCCGGUUCCAUUUUCACAAGGAGAACUUCUAGUUUUAGCAUAGGAGAAGUGAGUUUAAAUGUACCAUAAAUUUGUACAGUUACGGAAAAAAGUGGGGGAAAAAGGAGAAGAUAUAUGUUUUAUUAUAAUCUUGGUGUAGGUGGAUUAGAAUAUGUUUAGAGAGAAUUUCAAUAGCAGUGUUGAAGUGAAGCUGUUUUUUGUUAUAAAUGAGGGUUUAUUUGGUGUGUAUAACUUCUAAUUAUGUUGAUGCAAUGAAUUGGAAAUUUAAUUUA